AGUUCGAGCCGCGAGCCUUCUGGGCUCCACGGACAAUGAGCCUUCAUAGGACCAUGGCGCCGCUGGCGGCCGACGGGCCAAUCUGCUUGACUGCCAAGAACACCUUCCUGGAUUGCCCGUCGCCCUGGAUCGACUACGUCACCGUGGUCGAGCGCCCCAAGUCGGACCCCACCUCUGACGCCACAACGACCUCAGAGUCGGAUCUGGCGAGCAGAGAGAGCCUGGGCAGCAGCAACAGGCCAGUGGUUGGGUUAUCGGCUGUCUUACUCAGCCUUCGGGCGGGAGCCUUCGGGGGAGGCCGCCUGGCAAAGGAGGAGGGCCCCGAGCAACAGUCUGACAGCAACGCGGAGAAGGAUGGGAACGACAGCUUGGAUGAUUCGGACAUGUGCUCGAAGCCUCAGGGGAAAAGCCGGUCACAGCGGCGUCGCCUGCAGCGGAAGGCCAAGGAAGCAUAUUUCCGGAAGACAAUGGACGCCCACUCCGUGAACGAGCAUGCCGCGGAGAACAGCUCGGCUGCCGUGCGAAGUGGCACCAGCACCAAGAUCUCUCUGUGAUUGCCUGUAGGGCGGCUAGGGUCCCGGUAAUUUGCGGCAAGAUGGCGUUCGGACAGCCCUGUCACACGCCGACAUGGUCGGCGGAUUCGCGUCGUUUGCUUGAGAAGCGCGCCCGGCCCCUAGACGGCCCAAAGAGCCCCAACAGGGCCUAAGAUGGGCGUAAGACGGCUCAAGAGGGCCCCCAACGGGCCCCAAAUGGCCUAAAAGGACACCCG